GUCGCCGCAUUCCACCCUCAAAAGCGGAGGCAGCGCGAGGCAUUCUCUAGACCUGUGCGCGACUUGUCGCUGCAUCUUGUAGCGACCGUUUCGCAAAGCAUCAGAGACACAUACCUCGCCCGAGUUUUUUUCCCUGUUCGUUCGUCUGUUUAAUUUAAGAAGAGAACAGUACGUUAUUAUUUUAUAACCGACUUGUUAAAAAAACUUUUUUCUUGUCUACUGGGGCCUUUCAAUUGUUAAAUAUUUAAAGGGAUUUUUGUGGCUGCUUUUUUCCCCUUUCUUCGAAGAAGCGGUUUAAUUACGACCUCAUCAAAGAUUCCGAACAUCCAGACUAGAAGCUUCACUGGUUAAGACAAGGCAAGUCAAGCGACCAAGGACGAAAGAUCAAGAGGCAUCUGCGCUGCUGCUACAAACCCAAAUAAUUCGCUUGCCUGCCUAAUCUGGUGUCUGAGGAGGCAUCCUGGAUCCCGGCAUGACCAAAGCUGAGAUGGGCAAGCUCAACACUUCCCCCAACGAAGACAGCAGCAGCUAUAGCUCCAAUGACUUCAACUACCCCUACCCAACCAAGCCUGCUAUGAAGAGCCAUUAUGUAGACAUGGAUCCAGAAAACCAAAACUUUUUACUUGAAUCCAAUCCUGGAAAGAAGAAAUAUGAAACUGAAUAUCAUCCAGGCACUACUUCCUUUGGAAUGUCAGUAUUUAACCUCAGCAAUGCUAUUGUGGGCAGUGGCAUCCUGGGGCUGUCUUACGCCAUGGCAAACACAGGAAUUGCUCUUUUUAUAAUUCUUCUGAUCUUUGUGUCAGUAUUCUCUUUGUAUUCUGUUCACCUUCUCCUGAAGACUGCUAAUGAAGGAGGAUCUCUGCUAUAUGAACAGUUGGGAAUGAAGGCAUUUGGCAUGGCUGGGAAGCUUGCAGCAUCUGGAUCUGUUACAAUGCAGAACAUUGGAGCUAUGUCAAGCUACCUCUACAUAGUGAAAUAUGAAUUACCAUUAGUCAUCAAAACAUUUAUGGACAUUGAAGAAAACACAGGACAGUGGUUUUUGAAUGGUGACUAUUUGGUCCUGUUGGUAUCCUUGGUGCUUAUUCUUCCGUUGUCCCUGUUAAAAAAUUUAGGUUAUCUGGGAUACACAAGUGGAUUUUCCUUAUUGUGCAUGGUCUUCUUUCUGAUUGUAGUUAUUUGCAAGAAAUUUCAAAUUGAUAUUUGUGGAGUGGAUUAUAGUAUGGUUAACAUAACUCUGAAUGCCACUUUAGAACAUCAUUCAAUUGCUGCAGAUGUUCAUGAAACAGCACACAAUAUAACUGAUGACACAUGCACGCCAAAAUAUUUCAUCUUCAAUUCACAGACCGUCUAUGCUGUACCAAUCCUAACCUUUUCCUUUGUCUGCCAUCCCGCUAUUCUUCCCAUCUAUGAAGAACUGAAAGGCCGAAGCCGCAGAAGAAUGAUGAAGGUGUCCAAUGUUUCCUUCUUUGCCAUGUUUCUCAUGUACUUUUUGGCUGCUCUCUUCGGCUACUUGACAUUUUAUGGAAGUGUUGAGCCAGAGUUACUUCAUACAUAUUCUAAACUGCUGGGAUCUGAUGUUCUUCUCCUAAUUGUCCGUUUGGCUGUUCUGAUGGCAGUCACUCUUACAGUGCCAGUAGUAAUUUUUCCGAUCCGCAGUUCCAUCACACAGUUGUUGUGUGCAGAGAAGGAAUUCAGUUGGUUGCGACACAGCGCUAUCACAGUGGCUCUUUUGGCAUUCACUAAUGUUCUCGUAAUCUUUGUUCCCACCAUUCGAGAUAUAUUUGGGUUCAUUGGUGCAUCUGCUGCUGCCAUGUUGAUCUUCAUCCUGCCAUCUGCUUUCUACAUUAAGCUUGUGAAAAAAGAACCUAUGAAGUCAGUACAGAAGAUUGGGGCUCUUCUUUUCCUACUCAGUGGCGUAUUUGUGAUGACGGGAAGUAUGACCUUGAUCAUUCUGGACUGGGUCCACAAUGCUGCUUCCGAUGGCCAUUAACUGUCCACUUCAGACUCCAGUGUUCAUUCAGCUAUCUACUGAAAGAGAGAACUUCUUAUCCAUGUUUGCAGUUCUGCUUCCUUUGAAAUGCAGAUUCUUUGAUGCUGGUUCUUCUGAGUGUAGAAUAGAUGGACUUCUUUCUGAAAAAAGAAAACUGUUCUGCACAAUGGAAAUGAAUACUAACAUCAGACCACCUGAAUCUUUGGCUGAGGGAAGUGACUAUUUAUUCCAUUCCAGAGAAUGGACAGCUGUCUCUGUAAAAUUUUAUCAAGCCAGAUAUUUGGCUUUUAUCAUUGUUACUUGGAUUUUUUUAUUAUUUACUUGAACGUGCCUA